CCAUGAUCGCGCACUUAUGAUGUAAUUCAACUAUCAAAUGGCUCACUUAUUACGAUUUACAGAACACAAAGUCCAAAUUUCUAUUGCAUUGUCAAAGGAACUUUGUCUCAAGUGAUGAAAAUUGAUACAAUAGAAAAAAAAAUGUGAAAAUUAUUUCUAGAUUGAAAAUCUUUUUUUAAAAUUGAAGAAAUAUUUCAAAAAGAAGUUAUACGUUGUCAAUAAUCAAAAACACGUGUUUUAGUUUUGUUGUGUAAACAUUGGAAAUUUUUGUAAAUAUGUAUUUACUUUUACGAUAAAAAAAUUAAAAUGUUAUUAUUUGCUUCUUCUGUUUUACGACAAUCAACAAAUGUUAGUUGUUGUUACAAAAUAAAACAAUCUGGAUUGAAACCUAACCUCAGCUGCUUGCUCCGUUUUAUGUCAACAGAUCAAACAUUAGUUACUUUGAAAGAUGUCGUCAAAGUUGUAAAACCAGCGAAAAAUCCAGAGUACGUGCCAAGAAGUUAUUUAAAGGAACCGAGCCAGGAAAUUUUAAGACAUUUAAGAUGGAUGCUGCAGAAAGAUAUUUUAGGACAAGAUAUGUUUCUAAUGGGAGCGCCAGGACAAAGAAGAAGGAAUCUCGCUUUAGCUUAUUUAGAAUUAAUAGAGAGAGAAGUCGAAUUUAUUGCCUUAUCACGCGAUACAACCGAAGCUGAUCUUAAACAAAGAAAAGAAAUUGAAAAUGGAACGGCAAAUUAUCAUGAUCAAAGUGCAGUGAGAGCUGCAAUAAAUGGUAGAAUUUUAAUUCUCGAAGGUAUUGAAAAGGCAGAAAGAAAUGUCCUGCCAAUAUUGAAUAAUCUUUUGGAAAAUAGAGAAAUGCAUCUUGAGGAUGGAAGAUUUCUGAUACCUGCUUCUCGUUAUGAUAAAUUAUUAAAGGAACAUUCUCAAAAGGAAUUGGAUUUUUGGCGAUUAGUUCGAGUUAGUGAGGAUUUUCGAGUAAUUGCCUUAGGACUUCCUGCGCCACGAUAUUCUGGACAUCCUUUAGAUCCACCGCUUAGAUCAAGAUUUCAAGCAAGACAUAUUUCAUCACCAAGUUUUGAGGAGCAACUUGAGGAAAUGAAAAAAUUAACUCCUAACGUUGAUCCUGGCAAAUUAUCUCAAUUUCUCUCCUGCUGUCAUGCUCUUGCAACCGAAGAAGCUCUAAAUUUGGGACUUCCUGAUUUUCCCCUAGACAAUGUGACGUCCGCUGCAUUUAUUUUGGAAAAUUUUCCAAACACGAGUGUUUAUAAUGUAUUUUAUAGAUAUUAUCCUUAUAAAUUAUUUUUAACCAAAGAAGGUAAAACAGCAGUCGAAGAUAUUCUAGAAACAUUUGGCGUUUUAGAUAAAAAAUCAAUAAAGGAAGAAAAUAGUAGUGUAAAAGAUAUCAAACUAUUAGAUAGUAAAGCAGAAGUAAUUAUUAAUUCAAAUGGAGAUGAAACAAUUGUUAAUGUUCCAGCAGGUUCUGGACAUUGUAAAAAUUCACUGGAGUGGUUUGUAGAUACUUAUUAUCAAAAUGCAUUAAUUGCUAAUAUGAUGAAGACUCACUUGACAUUGGAUUGGUGUCUUGUUGGUCCGAAAGGUUGUGGAAAAUCUGCAACAGUCACAAAAUUAGCGAAUUUGCUAGGUUAUCAAAUUGAGCCCAUAGUGCUUUAUCAGGAUAUGACUUCUAGGGAUCUUAUUCAGCAAAGAACAACUUUGAUUAAUGGAGAUACUGUUUGGAAAAAUUCUGCUUUAAUUACAGCCGCCCUGGAAGGGAAAUUAGCAGUAUUAGAUGGAAUCCAUAGACUUCAUCCUAGCACUCUGGCUGUUAUUUACAGAUUAGUACAAAAUCGGGAAUUACAAAUGCACGAUGGAAAACGUCUAAUGGCGGCUGAACAUUAUGAUGCGAUUAAAGAAAAAUUUCAAAAAACUGAUGACGAAAUGAAUAAUUCCGGAAUUUUGAAAAUUCAUCCAGCAUUCAGGAUUAUUAGUCUGGCGGAACCGCCAAUGUUGAAUAGUUCAGUUGGACAAUGGUUGAAUUCGGAAUUACUAAGUCUUUUCCUAUUUCACGAAAUGAGACCUCUAGAUGAUACUGAAGAAAUCCAUGUUAUUCGAUCAAAGUAUGGAGAACCAAGCAAGGAUCUUUUAAAAAUUAUAGAAUUAGCUCAUGUAUUACGUUCAUCAACUGAUCCAACACUACAAUCUAUAUCAAGUUCCUUGAGUACAAGACAACUUUUUAGAAUUGCAGCAAAAAUGAAUAAAUUUCCAAACAGUGAUGUUUAUGAUAUAGUGCAACGUGCCUGUUUAGCAAGAUUUCUACCAAUAUUAACAAAACAGACUUUGGAGAAUUGUUUAAAAAAAUUAGAAAUCAUCCCCAAGGGGAAAGAUUUUGAUACGAAAAUAGUUUGCAAAGUUGAUGAAGAAAAUGUGACAAUUGGUGAAACAACAAUGAAACGAUAUAAGACGAAUGCACUUACUAAAAUUCCUGAUAUUCUCUUUUACAACGUUCCUCAGCAUUUGACUCUCCUUGAGAAUUUACUGCAAGAUUUUAGCUUGGGACAGAAUUUAUUACUUGUGGGUAAUCAGGGAGUUGGUAAAAAUAAGAUAGCAGAUCGUUUACUACAAUUGAUGAAUAGACCCAGAGAAUACAUUCAGUUGCAUAGAGAUACUACUGUACAAACUUUGACCAUACAGCCAAUGGUUAAAGAUGGUGUGGUUGUUUAUGAAGAUUCACCAUUAGUUCAGGCUGUUAAAUUUGGACAUGUUUUGGUCAUCGAUGAGGCUGAUAAGGCACCAACGCAUGUCACUUGUAUUUUAAAGACAUUAGUUGAAUCUGGCGAAAUGAUAUUGUCAGAUGGACGAAGAAUAGUUCCUUCCGAUCGGAUUGAAGAAGCUUCUGAUUUAAUAGCAAUGCAUCCAGACUUUAGAAUGAUUGUACUUGCCAACAGACCUGGUUUUCCAUUUUUAGGAAAUGAUUUCUUUGGUUCUUUGGGUGAUUUAUUCAGUACUCAUUCCGUUGAUAAUCCUACAGUUGAAAAUGAAAUUCAAUUGUUGAAACAAUAUGGUCCAGAUGUCGAUGAUAAAAUAAUUUACAAACUUGUAAAAGCUUUUGGUGAAUUAAGAAGUAUGGCUGAUCAAGGACUUGUUUCUUAUCCUUACUCCACCAGAGAAGUCGUAAACAUUGUGAAACAUUUACAGAAAUUCCCGAAAGAAUCCUUAAACAGUGUUGUACAGAAUGUAUUCGAUUUUGAUCGAUAUUCACCUGAAGUGUUCGAUACACUAAUAUCUGUUCUUCACAAACAUGGAAUUCCAAUCGGAACGAGUUCUAAAAAUGUGGAAUUAGCUAAAGAAAUUCCUUUGCCAAAAUUAAAAUUCCACGGCACUUGGAAUAUAUCAAAUAAAGAGAGAACAAUAACUGUUCAUGAGAGAUUUGUUAAAUUGAAAACAAUCGCAAAUCAAAAGAAACGAUUGCACAUUUUAGAUAAAGUAGAAGCCCGAUCGGCUUGGUUUACUGAAAUGUUAAGUUACUGGACAAUUCCAAUUAAUAAUACGGGAGUUGUUUCUGCAUUGGCUGUUACGAAAGGUUUUAAUAAAAGUGGAGUAGAUGAUAAAUUUCAUGUGCUAACUACAAAUCCACUGUCAGUUUUCACAAUGACUAGAGAAUCGGAAUAUAUUCAGGAAAUACCUCUUCAAGGAUUGAUAACUCCAACUAUAGGAAAUAAACCCCUUUAUACAAUUGCGCCAGAUAAAAGUGGAAAUCUAAUUAUUCACGAAGCAACGUCGAAUACAAUUUUGUCAGUGAAUUUAGAGCAAGGAAUUGUGAAUAAUUUACAAUUAUCCUCGUUCAUGGAUAUGGCAAGUGAUAAAUUUUCCCAGACGUUUAGAAACAAGGAUGUUAUUUGGAAGUUGAAAACCGAUUUUCUAAUUUCUGAUGAUUUGUUGAUUUUAUUUACACCCUAUGAUAAUAAUAUAGAAAUUGUUAAUUUGAAUAAAAUGGCAGCUUAUUCAAUGAAUCUUCCAUUUCCAAUAGAAUCAAUUUUACCCGCAUUGAAAGAUAGAUGGCUAAUUCAAAGUAAUUCUAACAAAAUGUAUACACUUGUUAAAUCAUCAUCAGCUAAUCCAUGUCCUAAUGUUCUAAAAAGUAUUGAAGUAGCUGGAACAAAUGAUGAAAAAAUAGGAGUCUUUGUAUCUUGUGGUAAAGAUAAUCUUCGUGAAGACAUUCUCAGUAAUGCUUUAAAGAGGAAUAUUAAUUCACCAAAUAGACUUUUAGCUGAUGAUAAAAAUUUUGCGACAAUUAUUGUUGGAUUUCCGGAAUUAGAUAGCGCGAAUGAUGUAUUUUUUUGGCCUCGAAAGGAGAAGAGGAAAAUUCCUGGUCAACCAAUUAUCACUGAUAACGGACAAAUUGUACGUACAGUUUCUCCGAAUCUUGUACCAAAGGGAAUUUUUCCUGAUGAAAAGAAACCAUUAGAAGUCUCUGCUUACUUCGAAAUUGUGGACACUUCUAAUCAUAAAGUUAGAUAUCUUCCAAUACCUCAACCAGUAAAUGUGUCACCAGUAACACAAUGGCUCUAUACACAAGAACUUCCACUUUACUCUGCACUAACUUCUAAUGAAGGUGUUGUGACUGUCGAUGCCGGCGGUUGCGUCCGCUUGUGGGAAACUUCCUUAAUCAACAUUGAAAAAUCUUUGGGAGAGUGGCGUAAAAUGGUAGGCGGUGAUGGACAACGUUUGCAAUUAACUAAGGAAAGAUAUUCAGGAUUAGAUAUCAGUGGUCCUAAACAUGGUAAAAUUGAUCACAAUGAUGAACCUCACGUUGGUGGGAAUACUUGGGCUGGUGGUACUGGAGGAAGGGACACAGCUGGUCUUGGAGGAAAAGGAGGACCCUAUCGUUUAGAUGCUGGCCACACGGUUCAUCAGUUGAGCGAUGAAGAGAAAAAUACUGUACCGGAACAUAUUAAGAAAGCUGCUAGAGAAAUGGGAUUAAAAGCAUUUAAACAACGUCUAAAAGAUAUUAGAAUGAGUGAAUAUGAUCAUAACCUUUACAGCCAAUAUAGUGAUGCAGUUCGGAAAGAAGUUCAAGCCCUCAGAGUUGUUUUAGGAAGUCUUCAAGCAAAAAGUCAUGAGCGCCAAUGGUGGAGGCAUCAAACAUCAGGAGAACUAGAUGAUACAAAGUUAAUUGAAGGCUUAACUGGAGAGAAGAAUAUCUAUCGAAGGAGAGCUGAGAAAGAACCAGAAAUUGGAGCUCCUCAAUUAAAACCAAAACGAUUAAAACUAGUUGUCGAUGUGUCUGGCAGUAUGUACAGAUUUAACGGAUACGAUGGUAGAUUAGAUCGAGAAAUGGAAGCUUGUAUUAUGGUAAUUGAAGCUUUCAAUGGAUAUGAAGAAAAAUUAAAAUACGAUAUAGUUGGCCAUUCUGGAGAAGAUUAUAAUAUUGUUUUCGUGGAUCAUUCACAACCUCCUGCAGAUAAUAAACGAACAUUAGAAGUAAUUAAGACAAUGCAUGCUCACUCGCAAUUUUGUAUGUCUGGAGACAAUACUCUUGAGGCAACGCAACACGCGAUUGCCAGUUUGGCGAAGGAAGAUUCCGAUGAAUCAAUAGUUGUUGUACUUUCGGAUGCAAAUUUAGAACGUUAUGGAAUUCCAGCCGAACGAUUUGUUAAAGUUCUAACUUCAAAUUCAAAUGUCAGUGCUUACGCAAUUUUCAUAGGUUCACUGGGCAAUCAAGCCGAAAGAUUGAUGACAAAAAUGCCUUCUGGAAAGGCAUUUGUGUGUAUGGACUUGAAGAAUAUUCCCCGAAUUUUACAACAAAUAUUCACCGCUUCCGUCUUAAGCACAUCUAAAUCGAAUUAAUUUGUAAACAUUAUUGUUAAAGAACUAAUUCUGUGAUUGACAAUUUUUAAUUAAAUACAGAUGUGAAUAAAAACAUCCAUUAUUUGUACAUAACAUUAUAAAUAAAAAAUUAGAUUACAUCAGAU